AAUUAUUCAACUCCAAAUCCGAUUCAAAUCCGGCGAAUACCAUACCCACUCCACACUCUCGCUGGCUUCAAUACGUACUUCACUCACUCUGCUCUGCGAGGGAGCAUCGUAUUUUCCAAUUUUCCCUCCUCCACUUUCUCUCUCUCUCUCUCUCUCUCUCUCUCUCUCUCGCUACAAACUGAUUUUCUCUGCUCCGCUUUCGCUGCCCCCUAUUUUGAUUUGUUUCGAGUGAUGGAAGGAGCCCAGCCGUACAAUCCUCGCACUGUGGAAGAGGUAUUCAGGGAUUUCAAGGGCCGACGAGCCGCCUUGAUCAAAGCCCUGACCACCGAUGUGGAAGAAUUCUAUCAGCAGUGUGACCCUGAGAAAGAAAACCUUUGCCUUUAUGGCUUUCCUAGUGAACAGUGGGAAGUCAAUUUACCUGCUGAAGAGGUGCCACCAGAGCUUCCAGAGCCUGCACUUGGUAUUAACUUUGCCAGAGAUGGCAUGCAAGAAAAGGAUUGGAUAUCUUUGGUUGCUGUUCAUAGUGAUGCAUGGUUGCUUGCUGUUGGCUUCUAUUUUGGUGCAAGAUUUGGAUUUGACAAAGCUGAUAGGAAGCGUCUUUUUAACAUGAUAAAUGAUCUUCCAACAAUAUUUGAGGUUGUGACAGGUACUACCAAGAAACAAGCAAAAGAAAAGUCAUCUGUCUCAAAUCAUAGCAGUAACAAAUCAAUGUCAAGUUCCAAGCAGCGAGCCUCUGAACCUCAAGGCAAGAAUUCAAAAGCGUCACUCCCAAGGGAUGAGGAAGAGGGUUCCGAAGAGGAAGAUGACGAGGAGCAUGGGGAGACACUAUGCGGAGCAUGUGGAGAGAACUACGCAUCAGAUGAGUUCUGGAUCUGCUGUGACAUGUGCGAGAAGUGGUUCCACGGCAAGUGUGUUAAGAUCACGCCGGCGAGGGCCGAGCAUAUUAAGCAGUACAAGUGCCCAUCAUGCAGCAACAAGAGGUCUCGCCCUUGAUUUUGCAUGUGGGUAGGUCUUUUCUCAAUGCUUCUAGUUCUUAAGGUUGGAUUCUCUUUUGUUAAUUGUUAAUGUUGCCUCUUCCACUGUUUCAAAGUAUGUUGAUAUAAUAUCUCGUUUAGGAUGCAGACUCACUUUAGUGUUUAGUCCGAAUCUGCUGCAAUUUGUGGUGUUUAACUUUAAAUCAGUGUAUAUGCUUUGAAUUAGAGUGGGAAAUAGCAUCAAUGUUAUGGUAAAAACUGCUCAAAGUUUUUCUAA